UCAACAAACGUAGUGUCGCGAGUGAUUUGUUUUUGUUAUUGUUUUUUUUUUAAGUACGACGUUAUAAUGAAGUCCGAGAUGGAGCACGCGGCCAUCGGGCUGGGCGCGUGGCCGGGCACGGUGCCGCCGGGUGCGUGGCGCGAGCGCCGCCCUGACUUGGACCGCUGGCGACUGCGCGACUUUCUACAGAACGUGCGGCUAGAGCGGCCGAUAGCCGAGAUCCCGGUGGGGUCGGCGGGCUCGGCGCACGCGGCGGCCGCGGGCGCGGUGGCGGCGCGCGGCGCGUGGGAGGGCGCGGCGCGCGGCUGGGCCGCCGGCGCGGUCAUGCUGGCUGUACUCGUGCUCAUUGUGAGAGCGCUGGAGAAGUGCUUGUACAAGAGGCUGUUUAAAGGAAGAACAUUAUCCUGUGAUGAGUGGCACACACCAAACGUGUUUGCGACUAGCCAUCGUCACGGGAGCGACAUCGGCACAGUUCCACGCCUGGAUGACGUGGACUCGCUGCCGUCUGACAGCAGAGAGUCUUCAGGCAACGACCUGCCCCCGCCGUACUCUGAAUGUGCCAACAGCGAAGGUGGAAGUGUGGACGCCGACAAGCCCAUCGGCACCGAGGAACCCCCGCCCCCUUACUCAGCCUGCUACUUCUCAAAUCCCAAAGACAGCGCCCCCUCCGUCCACUUCUACCGACGAAGGGGCGCAGAAGCUGGCCAGUCGAGUUCGAAUGCUCAAGCACCAAAUAUAUCAAACGGAAGAACUGAUGACAGCGACAAAAUCUCAGAUGUUGGUUGUGAAGUUAAUGAUAGCAUAGAGAGUAAUAUCAGCAGAGGUGAACAUCAUUAUGUAAAUGAACGCUCAAGACCAAAUCCAGGACGAUCCAGGCGACGGAGAGAGGAACAUUCCAAUCAUGUAGUUGAGAUUCACGGAAAUGACUCCCGGGAAAGGAUUAUAGUUGCAUAAAGAAACUUGCGAUGUUUGAGUGGUAUCAAAGUGUUUUAACUGCGUCCAAAUAUAAAAGGACGCUAAGAUAAGGAUGGAAAUGAAAGAAACGAUUUUGAAUCAAGAACGAUUAUCGAAAUUAGUGAAGUGGAAGAAUGGUAUCGAUACCGACCGCUGAAUCUCGAGGCGGUUGCAGUAGCAGUAACCGUUAAUGGCGUGGAAAUUACGAGUAUACUUAUUUAUUUUUUUACAAUUUUCUCGUAAUGUAACUUUAAAAUUAUGUACCUACCUUUAACUGUACCUAUAAUAUCGAACCUUUUAACUCAAUGUAAUGAAACAAUUUAGUGAUCCAUGCAAUAUACAAGUGUAGAUUUAUUGCUUAUUGCAAUCGGAGAAUAGAUUUAGAUACACUUUUGUAAUUUUGUAGGUAAUGCAAAGUUUUCGACACCUAAGUAGUGUUUACCGAUAGGACAGCAAAAUUAGCCAAUAGAGUAACGUGCCACGUGAUCUUAAUUAAGAAAUAAGAUGUAAAUGAAUGUAUUAAAUAGUUUUACAAGCAGAAAAUAGAUCUCACAGGGCCUGAAGAUAACUAAAUCACAUUCUAUUCGUAUUCGUAUGUACUUAUUUUCGAUUAUACACAAUCAGGAUCCAGUAAUAUUUUGAGUAUUAAAAACAUUAUUAAAUUAAAUAAAUGUUUUUUAAACCUGUA